CCUAAACCAUCGCCCAGGUAUGUACUUAAGUACGAUUGGAACGCCUGCAGGGAUUGGAUACCUACAUGCAUGAUACCAUGCAAUGUUACCACGGACAUCGAUCCUCAUUCGUAUAAUCUAAGACCUUUUCAGUCUCUCAGCUAAGAUGUGUAAAAGACCCGCAGAAAUUCGGUGAAGGAGUAGGUGAUGAUGACGGGAAUGUAUAUAAAGUCCUCACGAGGCGCCGAGCUGGAGAUAGGUCUUAGGUAGGUAGACGGUGGUGGUCUGUUGGUCAGUCAGUUAGACCAAACAACUGCACUCUUGUCAACACCCCCGCCUCCUCCUCCUCAUCAUCAUCAAAUCAUCAUUAUUAUAUGCCAGAGAUGGGUCGUAUACCGCAUCAGCUGCUGCUGUCCUUCCUGGUGCAGUCGGCUCUGAUACGCAACGCAGCGGCUAUGUUCUACUAUCCGAACGCCCAGAUCUCGCAGAUUGAGCACAUCUUGGUGGAUAACUGGGGUGCCUAUGCCAGCAACUUCUCCUCAGCUAUCACUCCCUGUGAUAGAUAUGUGACCCAGAUCGGCGAUGCAGCCGUAAAGUCGGGACGCACGACGUCCGCGCAGUGGCUGCGAGUCCUUUUCCACGACUUCGCCAAUUCUCAUGUGGAGGAGGGCUUGGGGGGCAUUGAUGCCAGUAUCGGUUUCGAGACUUACCGCGAGGAGAAUAAAGGGAGCGCUUUCAACGACAGUUUCACGUUCUGGCGGCCGUUCGUGAAUGAGUUCAUUCCUAUGGCCGAUCUCCUCGCCAUGGGGACGGUCAUGUCUGUCGGGCUCUGCGGUAAUGGGACAAAAAUCCCCUUCCGACCUGGUCGAGUCGAUGCCUCGAGCGAGGACCCGAAUACAGGUGUGCCGGAGCCGGGGACAAGCCUUGAGGAGACGCUCAGGCAAUUCGAGCUAAAUGGCUUCAACCAGGAGGAUGCAAUUGCGUUGACGGCUUGUGGUCACACGUUAGGAUCGACUCAUCACAGGGGCUUCCCAGAAGUCUCAGAUAACUCGACAUUAUCCGAGAACAACACCAAUGGCGGGAUCAACUUUGACUCAAGCCGCGGCAUAUUUGACCCCUUGGUUGUGCAAGAGUAUAUCGACGGAACGGGCCAGCGUGGAGGGCCACUCGUAACUAGCUUCAACGAAAGCAGCCGUUCAGACCUACGUCUCUUCGAAAGCGACGGCAACGCUACCAUGAAAGCGCUCUACGCACAAGGGGAAGGCUUCAUAGGUACCUGCGUGGAUCUGCUAUCCCGCGUCAUCAACACCGUGCCAGCAGGCGUCGUGCUCCAAGACGCCGUAAAGCCCAUGGCCAUCAAGCCCGUCAAUGUUACCUGGGACAUUGGCGACAACGGCGUGCCGGAACUCUCAGGACGAAUUAGGAUCCUGGAGAAAACGAGCCAAGAUAGAACCAUCACCCUGAUGUUCUCAAACGGAUACAACGAGAUGCUAACAAUGGAGGAAGAAAUCGGCACCUCCAUCUUCGGCGAAACGCAAUUUGCGCCAUUCGUAAUCGCACAUUCCAAGAUCGACAGAUCGACUUCUUUCACCGUGGACGCGGACGGAUUGAACACAGAUAACGCCAACAACGAAUUCGCAAUUCAAGAUUCAUAUCUCAUUAUCCCGAGCCUUUCAAGUGUCAUCGGUGGUUCCUCAGUCAAAGUAACCGUCGCCAUGCGUGAUGAUGCCAACAACGAUACGGAGCUAUCGGUCCUAGCCACAGUUCCCACGGCGCAGCCAUUAACGCUCGGUCCAAAGAUGGUCUCGGCUAAGAUCGCGCUGGAAAGGAUAGCAGCGACGGCGAGCGGGCCGAAUGGAUUCACGCUCUGGGAAGGGAGCACCGAUAUCGACCGGCCCACGGGCGCCGUGAGCGUGCGCCUUGUCCGGGAUGGGGAGACGUUGGAUACGCUCUUGCUUGAUGGUGGUGUUGCUGGUUGGUAGAAGGGGGAAAUGUCGUCAUGAAAGAAACUGCAGUUUCUACUUAAACAUAUAAAUAGACACAAAAAUAUGAAUAAAAUCCUCGUGCUCGCAAAAA